AUGGAGAUGCAAGAAAUCCCCCGAGAGGAGGAAAGAGUGGUGGAAGUGGACAAGGGUCAGAGAAUGCUGGAAACCUCAGGUAAAGAAAGAGAACAUCUUCAUCACCAAACUUGGGGCUAAUGGGGUAAAUGUGCACCACUUUCCUCGGAAUACAUCAGCAUAUUUUCAUUUCUCUUACUGUAGGUUCAAUCCUUUAAAAAAAACAUCUUAAGCUAUAUGGUAUUUUGUGUUAUGUUCUGAGAAUAUUAAUUUGGUCCUAAGCUUCCACAUAACCUAUCUGUGUGUCUGCAUGUCUGUCAGUCAAGGAAGCUGAAUCUACAGUCUACUCCAAACUGAAUAAUCCAUCGGAGGACAUUUAUGCUGAAGCUUCUCCUGGCCAGCCCUCUGCCAGAGACAGAACAGGUACAGGUGGCUACAGCACUGUUAUUAUAUUAUUAAUCAAAUGUAAUCAAUUAAAUAUAUUUUAUAAAUCCCUUUUUACAUAAGCAGAUGUCACAAAGUGCUUUACAGAUACCUGGCCUAAAACCCCAAAGAUUAUUAUUAUUAUAAGAUUAUUACAUUAUUAUUAUUAUUAUUAUAUAUGUCUGAACUAA